UUUAUUCCUUGACUCUUCCCUGUUUAUGUGCCCCCAGAGUGCUUAUAAUAUUGAAUUCUUCCAGGGGAAUUUCUAAGCAUGAACUUAAGAUACUCAUUUACCUUGUUAAAGGACCUCAUUUGAUACAAAUGGAAUUACUUAAAAUAUUUCAACAUAGCUAAAAUUUUGAAUUGACACUCAAAGUGUGCUAGUUCAUGCAAAACUUAUGACAAAGAUUAUAGGAGUUAGUCUGUCCUCUGACUGAUUUGUGAGUAGGUGAUCUCAAAAUUGUCUGCUUGUGGUUUGGGUUGGUUAGUUAGUUAAUGUGUUUCUCUAAGGUUAUCUAAGUAGCCCUGUGGUUUUUAAAGAGAUAGCAGUGAACUGAGAAACACCCUCACCUUACUGGGGUUUGGAGGUUUGGAAGUUGCAUAUCUGUGUUUUAGGGUCAGGCUAAGGCAGGGAUGAGAUACCCAGCACCUUUAUGGCUGCAGUUGUGCCCUGUAGUUCCUGCACACCUUCCCUUACAUAACACAGAAUAGAAAAAAAUUAAACUUGGAGCAAGGUGUGAAACAAGCUGGUAACUGGGAGAGCAGUGGCUGAGCAGAGAUUUGCAGCAAAGAGCUCUGCAGAGACAGUGGGAGAGGAAAUUUUUUUUUUUUUCCAUUUAUUGAUGUGUCUUUUGUUCACCACUCUUAAUGGUGAUAAGAAAUUUCGUUGACCCAUAUUUUGUUUACCUUUUAAGAUCAAGCUGGUAAUUUCUCCGCUCUGUGCAAUCUGUGUGCAGUCCUUUUCUGUGUCAAGAUGAGUCUGUGCUGUUGGCAGACUGUUGAAUUAUACUUCUUUCACGCCUGCAGUACAGCUGUAAUAAAAUAGUAACUGCAGGCUUUUGUGUUCCAUGGUUGUGCCUCAUUAGAUUGAAUUUCAGAACAUCCUCUUCUAGUCUCUGCUUACCUUUUUACAGUCCUAGAUCUUUGCACAUCUUGUAUCACUUCCUAUGUCUGCAUCUGGUUUUCACAGAAUCACAGAAUUAAUCAGGUUGCAAGGGACCACUGUGGGUCAUCUAGCCCAACUUCCCUGCCCUAGGAAGAUCAAAACUAAAGUUUUCCUUUGCUCCAUUCUGGUCGCCUCCUUUUACCAGAGCCAUUUAUCAGUUAAAUGGAGAUCUUCGGUCUUAUUUUUUUGUUUAGUUAUUUGUACAGACUUCUUAUGCUCCUUUGAUCAUCCUUCAUAUGGAUUAAACAAGGAGCCAUAAACUGCAGUCCUGCAGAUUUUGAAAGAGCCCUCUGUGAGGCUUGGACUAGAAGUGGGGCUACUUGGUUGCUUUGCUCUCUGGCAGUUCCCUAUGUCAGUGGAUUCUGCACAAAACCAUCUGCAGCACAGAUCAACCACUGCAAAAGCAAUGAAAAACUUUAUCAUUUAAUGCCAAGAAACUUAUUUUAAUCUUUCUCUUUCAGAGAAACACUUUUGCUGUGAAGACUCAAAGAUGGGUUUUAAAUUAAAAAAAAAAAUGAACCUUAUUAAAGGAAAUAAAAUGCUAUCCUAGAAGUUAAACUGGCACCUGUAUAUUCUAAUAAACUCUUCCAAAAUGCCUUUCAUCUUUAAUUAGGAAAGCCAACAUGAUGAAUUAAUGGGAAGAUCAGUACCAUUCAAAUAUUUAACUUACCUCUUUUUAUGGUUGAAUUUUGCAUAUUUUCAGAUGAUUGUGUAUUUGCUUCCCAAUGAUAAAUAAGUAAACCUGUGUUUUUCCACUUGGAAUACGAAGAUGAAGAAAAAUACUGAUAUAGAAACAAAUUCAGCUGUAAAACCAUGUCUUUGCUUUUGUGUGAGCCCUUUCUCAAAGGACAUUUGUGUUUUUUUUUCCUUUUUUUCAAAGAUGAACAGAACAUUUGAUGUUCUGGGCUUUACUAUUGUCUCUAGAAACAAAAAAGUUGAAAUAGUAUAAAAAUUGCAUUGUCGUCUUAUGGCAUCCAAAAUAUGGUGGAUUUCCUGAGACAGAUUGUGCUAGCAGAAACAUGAUGUGGACUGAGAAAAUAAUUUUUUCUCAUUUUGAAACUUCCUUGUUAAAUGCAUAUUGUGAAGCAAACUCUGGUGAGAAGCACUUGUGUAAUCGUGGAUAUUGCCUGGGUAGUGAAACCUGAUCUUUUUUGGUAAUUGCAGAUUUCCAUAAUUCCUUCAAGAAGUUCUUCUGAAGACAGUCCACUUUGAUCAUACUGUUCCCCAAAUUAGUAUUUAUUGAAGAUGGCAGCACACUUUCCUUCCUGCAUGAAGCUAUAUCAUGUGUGAAUAUAUAUGUUGAAAUGUAUAUGUAUAUGUUGAAAAUAUGUUGAUGUACAUUCUGUUGCACAGAUGUCUUAUUUCAGUAGGAAAGUUGUUUAAUUCAUAGAUCAGUAUCUAACAUAAGGAGUAGUAAAGUAGUAGGCAAUUCUCAUAAAAUAUGAUAUGAAUGCAAGCUGCUACUGUUUACCUGAUUAUUGAAGGCAAAUCAGAACCAUACCUUUUGAGAUUCAGGUCUGACUGUAGGCCACAGCAGGAAGGCUGAGGCUCAGUGGUGCACAAAAAUCAACAGCAAUAAAUAUUUAUUACAGAAGAAAGUGUUUCAGAAUGAGAUUUGACCAAACCUGUUUGAGGGAACAAAUAAAAUAAACAUCUCAUGGACACUUACUCUUGGCCCCAUAUCCAUAUGUGGUUUCAGGCUAUUUAGGGGAAUUAAUGAUGGUGAAGGUGGUAAGGUUACAAGGCAAGGAGGUUGCAGCACUUAAAAAGGCAGAGAGGAGGAAGGUCGUGGAGAAGGAAGGAAGGGAAAAAGGGACAAGAAUUAAAGCUGAAAAAGGAGAAGGAUGAGGAACUGUAAACCUGGCAGGUGGCAGAAGUGCAUUCACCUCCACCAGCAGCAAUUGGAAAUGGGGCAUUAGGAAGCACAUGGUGGUACCUGUGUACCAGGAAACACAGGGCUGGGAGUAGCAAAACUGCCAGAGAUCCAUGGUUCAAAACUGGCAGGGCGCAGUGAGGGCUGGCGGCUCCCUGGGACUGCAGGGACACCCCAUGGGACUGGCUGUCAGGAGCAGGCAGCCUGGGGCACAAGGGCAGCCCCAGCCCCGAGCAUCAGGCACCUCCCUGGGGAUGGGCUGAGGCUGAGGCUGGGGCAGGACAUGGGCCCGUGGGUGUGGGGGUCAGGAUCAGACACAGCCUCGAGAUGGCAGGACGUGGCCACUGUGAUGUGCAUGGCUACAAACAGGUGUUGGAGAGUAGAAUGGGGAAGGCAAGGUGGGCUCUUUGUGGCUGCAUGCAUGAAGUCAUUAAUUAAAUAUCAUAAGCAUCCAUAUAUUUUGUCACACUGUUGUAUUUGUUGAUGUAUGCUGUUGUCUUCUUGUAUUGGUUAAAAGCGGUAAGAACAUGUAAGCAAUUAUAAAUGUGAGAUAAAAAUAUAGUGGUGAAAUUUGUAGCUUCUGAAACUUUACUGAUCUUGCUUACCUUAUUUAUAAUCAAAAUAAUCAAAAACUAUGUGAUGCAUAACUGCUCAGCAAUGUGAAAGAGAAAAUAGUUUUCCGCCUCAUAUUUUAUUUUUCAUUUUGGUAAAUAAUAAUAUGUCACAAUUAUGAUAAAAUGGCCUGCAUGUCAUCUGGAAAUAAGGAGAUGGUUUGAGCUUUCCUCUUAAAUGUUUUUCUUACUCUCUAAUCAUUGCAUUAAUACAUCUCCCAAAAUGCUCUUGCUCUAGCAAAUUUCCCUAACUGUAGUGAUUGAAAACUGGUCAUGCAUUUAGGUGCAAUGGGAAAUUGAAGAUAUUCCUUUGGGCAUAAUUUUUCUCAGAAAUAUUUUAACAUCAUUAAUAAUGUAUAAGUGUAACAGGCUUAAGGAAGCCAUAGACUAGGUCACUUCUGAUCUGCACGAUAAUUAUUCCUACAUGGCAAUUAGUAUUACAAUAAGUAUGUAAAGAUGGUGCUGGGGGGAGAAUGUACAUGUACUGUAUUUUUGGAGGCUAGAUAACCUUUUGAUUGAUGAAGUGGCCCAUUUCAAUUCAAGUUGCUUACUCUGGUAAGCAACUAGGAUUAAAAACAUGUUUUCUGACUAAAGUUCACACUAUUGCUGUAGGAGAAGAAGAAGAGGUAAUAAAUACUGGUGGAAUAUAAGAAAAAGAAUCUUGCUUUAAACUAGGCCGUUUAAGGUAGUUGGGGUCAUUCACCAUUGCAAUUGUGACUCUGUGGGUCACUUUGGGCAGCUUCUGCUGGGUAUGAACAGACUCUCAAAGUGAGACAUGCAUUGGAAGACAACAAAGUGAGUGUCUAUUGGUCCACAAACAUAAAAGACAGAGAAGGUUUAAUGAACUCCUUGGCUAGAUAUCCAAAUGUGUCUGGUCUGCAACAAGAAUCUGAUGAGUCUUUGCUGUACAGGCAGCUGUGAAUGAGGUGGAAGAGGAAAUCUUUCCCCCUUUAAACAAGUCUGCCUUAUUUCUACAUUGCUGCCACCUUCUUUGGGCUUUGAUGCCUUUCCACCUUGAUGUUUUUCCUCUUGAAUCCUUAAGCUGGUAGCAAAUCCUGUGUCACCAGUACUAUCUUUUUUGGUGGUUUUACCUUUCUGAGCAUGCAUGACUGUCAUCUGAACUUUCUCUGAGGUCUUUCCCAUAUCUUGGCAACUUUCUUAGAAGUCAGCCUGAACCAAGGUCAGGCUGCCAUGGCAUGUCUGAGACACAGCAAGACUGAUACCCUUGGGAGAGGUCACUGAGCAAGAAUAUUAAACACUGAGGUCACAUCAAAUGAGGAACUUAAAUGAAAUUAAUUAUUCUUACAUUGUAAGUGAUUUAGGAGUUUUUAAUAUUGGGGGGAGGGGGUUUAAAGUAGCCAAUAAAUUAAAAUAUAUUUUUAAAAUAACCUACAAAAUUUUAUUUUAAUGCUGAAUAUUUGCUUUGUGUCUGUGCUUCUGUUGCCACUACUUCAGUUGCUAGUAAUGCAGUUUGAAGAAGCAGGAAACACUGCUUCUGGCCUUGAAUGCUCAGUUCAAGUCUCCCUACAGUUUUUGGUUUAUUUUAAGAUUAUCCAGACACACAGUCUGCAACUGUCCUGUCUUCUGUUCUAGGUAGUGGGCCCCAUCAUGAUCGAAGUUGUGUUUUCAACCAGAGCAACAUAGUAGAUGGAGUUUACUGCCUCCCAAUAGCACACUGGAUUGAAGUCUCUGGACAUACUGAUGAGAUGAAACACACAACCGAUUUCUAUUUCAAUAUUGCAGGACAUCAAGCUAUCCAUUAUUCCAGGAUUCUGCCAAACAUCUGGCUGGGAAGCUGUCCUCGGCAGCUGGAGCAUGUGACCAUCAAGCUGAAGCAUGAGCUGGGUGUCACAGCUGUGAUGAACUUCCAGACUGAAUCUGACAUUGUCCAAAAUUCCUGGGGCUGCAACCGCUACCCGGAACCCAUGAGCCCUGAAAUCCUCAUGAAACUGUAUAAGGAAGAAGGCCUUGCCUAUGUCUGGCUGCCAACUGCAGACAUGAGCACUGAAGGCAGGAUCCAGAUGUUGCCGCAAGCGGUGUGCCUGCUGCACGGGCUGCUGCAGAACGGACACACUGUCUAUGUGCAUUGCAAUGCUGGCGUGGGCAGGUCCACAGCUGCCGUCAGCGGCUGGCUGAGGUACGUGCUGGGAUGGAGCCUGAGGAAGGUGCAGUACUUCUUGGCUGCCCGGAGACCAGCUGUCUACAUCGAUGAGGAAGCUCUGAAUCGUGCUGAAGAAGAUUUCUACCAGAAAUUUGGGCACCUUCGUUCCUCGUAUCAAAUCCAAGAGUAGAAAAGCAGAAGAAGAAAAGGAAGGUGAAGAGGAAUCCUUACAUUUGAACCUCAAGGACUUAGAAAUUUCUGUCUCUGGCACCCACCUCAACUCUUCAGAUUAUAAGCUUCUUGUAAAAGUGAUGAGAAUUUUGUUUAAAAAGUGCCUUAGAGGUUUUUAUUUUCUUUCCUUAAGCUGACAUGGUUCAUGUUUUCAAGCCUUUUAGUGCAAUUAUGAGACCUAGAAACUGCAAAGGGAAGAAAGAUUUUCUUUUAACUACUUGCCUAUAGGAGCUGAAGUUUUAGGCUAGAGACUAAACAAGACGUGAGGUGAAAUAGAGUUGGCAAUAAAAAGUGAGAAGAAAAAAAUAUGAAUAUUGACUGGAUUAAGAUUCAGAUUAGGAUGGAGCAGAUCAUUAUCAAAGCUGCUCAGUUAUGUUAAGCAGAUAUUAGAUUGUUGCAGUGUUUUGUAGUAAUUCUGUAGACAAGUGGUAUUGAUGAGAAAGACCAGAAGGAAACUGGUUCUUCAACUCAGUGUUUAAAAACAAAAAGCUAAUGUCUAAUGCAGUGAACUAAGAUUUGCACUUUGUCCAUCCAGUUAAUGUUAAGUAUUAUGGGCUCCAGCUGAAUUCUUUCAUGACAUCGGGAUUAUGCUGGCCUGUGGCAUGGAGAGAGGACAGGGCUCCAGCUGUGGCAGCCUUGCUUUGUCGUGGGGCAGAACCACUGCUUGUUACAUUAUCCUAGGCUGUGAGUUCUCUGAGAUGAAGCUGCGUUUUGCCCCUCUGGUCCAUGCAGUGCUGAACAGGGGCUCCCUUAGGUGCCAAGUCAGUCUGAGCAGUGACCACUGGGUAAGACAGGACCUACAGGAAUUGUGUGAUAAGCAGAGCGCAUGACUGGCACCUCAGCCUCUGGGCUGUUGACCAGAUUAAUAUCUUCAAUACAGCAAAUGCUGCUUGUGCACGCAGUGGGUGUGUGCUAGAUUUAGCUCAUUGAAGCUAAUGCUGGGCUGUCUCUGGGCUGAAUGAAGUCAAUAGAUUCCUCUGUAGGAGCAAAGAGCAACUCUGCAGAGGAUGGUUUCUCAGGAGCUUGGCCUCAGUGUUAGCUUUGUGGAUGAUCCCUAAUGUUUUCCAUUGCUGCUUGGUCCCUUAGCUAAACUAAGCACCAACAGCUUCCAGUCCCACUCAGAUGAAACUAAUUUGUUAUAAAUUGAGUUCAAGAGAGAAGAGAGGAUUAAGGAUGCAUAAACAUUAAGAAACAUAAUUUCUAUAGGUUUAUUCUUCAGUGAAAUCUCAUUUUUUUCCAGGCAACUUGUUCCUCUAAAGAUGCAGUCAGUGACAGAGUAGUUUAAGUAAUAAAUAUUGAUUUUCUGAAUGCUUAAUGGAGAAACUAUUGGAUAUGAGCUGUUUAUGGAGAAUGUCCAAAAUAAUAUAUUUUAUUUAUCCUAUACUUCAGUCAUCUUGAAAAGAAAAGUGUUCAUUUAAGUUAUUGUAUUUGUGGGUUUGACCAUGACUUUAUUUCUGAAUUUUUGAAAUAAUACUGCCUGUUUAGAAAAUGGAUGAGAAAAUAAAGACAAAAUUACUAUUCCAGCAGCCCA